AUGCCACGUGCCAAGGGCCACAAGCGGGCACUAGCCGCCAGGACAAAGUUGGCAGAGCGGCAGUCAUCGCCCCCCAUGCCUCCUGUGCCCGAGUUCGUCGCUCGGCGCGGCACUGGGUUCCGCCACCGCGUGCGGAGGUGGCCGACUUCGGACCUGACUGGCCGUCAGGUGAAGUUUGUCCCUCCAGCUUUCGCCCCGGAGAAGAAGACUGUCUUCGUCAUUGGCGACUCCCACCUGAGGGGCCUGGUGGAUGGGGACGUCGCCUUACCCAAGGUACCUCUCUCUUUUUCUUUUCUGUCUGUUCCAGGUGCAGGUGCAGCUGACUUGAGGAAAGAGGUGGGGCGCCUGGAGUUCCCGUGGACCCCGGAUGUCGUCUGCGUGCUGGCCCCGAGCAACGACCUGGACCGUGGCAAUGCGGCGGUGGAGUUCGGCGCGCUCCUGACCAGAGUCCGCAGCCGCUGGCCCAAGGUGUUUGUUCUGGACUUCCCCCCGCGUCUGAACAAACCCGUGGGCCUGCAGGAUCUGCUGCGUCAGGAGCACCACCGCGUCGCAGCACGCAUGGGUCUCCCAUUCGUGGCUGUGACCAGCAGCUUCCUGCUGGAUCGGUUGGAGCUGUGGUGUUAUGACGGCGUGCACCUCAGCGACACAGGUGGCUCGCCCAUCCUGGUGAAGCUGUUGUGCGACGCUGCGCUCACCCUGUUCGCACCCGAUCCCCCUGCACCUCCUUCCCCUGGUCUGAAGGAAUGCCUGGAUCCCCGGACGUGGCCCAGGGUUGGACAGGAGGGAGAGAUGGCCUGCAUCACUGCAUCUGCUGUUCUUUGGAGGAAGAUGGCAGAGCGGCGGCAGUCAUGGACCCCCAUGCCUCCUGUCCCCGAGUUGGUCGCUCGUGGCUCGCCCAUCCUGGUGGAGCCUGCGCCUCCUUCCCCUUGGUGGACGUCGCCACCUGCCCUGGUGACGAGGCCAGACCCCCUGCCCCGUCGGCGCCCAGAUCCCCGGAGGUGGACCACGGUUGGACGGGAGGGAAAGGCUGGAACACAGCCGGUGCUACAGUCCCUUCCCAUCCCGUCCAACCCUGUGUGGUUCAGCAGUCCUAUGUUGGAUGCCAUGGAGGAGUUCGCUCCUUCCUCUGACUCCCACUGCACUGCUGUCCCACCACCUAGCCAGGCUUCUCCUGGGAGGUGUCGUCGGAGACCUGUGGCCGUCAGGCGCGCCGGACGGAGGGAGUUCACUCCUUCCUCUGACUCGGACUGCAUUACUGUCCCACCACCUGGCCAGGCUUCUCCUGGGAUGGGUCGUCGGAGACCUGUGGCCGUCAGGCGCGCCGGACGGAGGGAGCAGGUUGGUGUCACCGUUUUUCCCUUACAAUUUCAGGUGCCUGCGGUCUGUGGGGAGCCAACGGUCAUCAGGGAGGAGCCUGCUGUCCAGGAGGAAGCCCAGGUGCCGCUGCAGGUCUCCACAGAUAAGGAAAACGGUCCCUUUGUGACUCUGCGUAAUGGAUUAGAGGGAAUUUUCAGGCAGUACAGCACGUGUCUGCUGACACUGGUAACGUCUACAUCUGCCAUCAUCUGUGAGGAUGGACAGUUCGCUGUGGUCGACAGUCACUCACAUGACCUGCAUCACUACAUCUGUUGUUUGGCUGACGCUCUCAGUCCAGGGCCAAAGCCUUUUGAGCUGUGUGGCGUUAGGGUUAGUGUAGGUGCAAGUCCAGCGUUGUCUGGAGCUUCUGUAGAGAGUUGCAUCUUUGAGAUGAACACUGCUGCAGCACCUGAGCUUUGUGACAUCAAAGAUGUUUGUGCCACCACCUCCUUGUUUGAGAGUGAUGCAGGUCCAGCUGAAAACGGUCCCUUUGUGACUCUGCGUAAUGGAUUAGAGGGAAUUUUCAGGCAGUACAGCACGUGUCUGCUGACACUGGUAACGUCUACAUCUGCCAUCAUCUGUGAGGAUGGACAGUUCGCUGUGGUCGACAGUCACUCACAUGACCUGCAUCACUACAUCUGUUGUUUGGCUGACGCUCUCAGUCCAGGGCCAAAGCCUUUUGAGCUGUGUGGCGUUAGGGUUAGUGUAGGUGCAAGUCCAGCGUUGUCUGGAGCUUCUGUAGAGAGUUGCAUCUUUGAGAUGAACACUGCUGCAGCACCUGAGCUUUGUGACAUCAAAGAUGUUUGUGCCACCACCUCCUUGUUUGAGAGUGAUGCAGGUCCAGCUGACAACAUUGAGCACAAGUACAGGAUUAAAGCACGCAGUGUUGGUAAAUAUAAAGACAAUUUAGAACAUAAAGAUAGGAUUAAAGCACGCAGUGUUGGUAAAUAUAAAGACAAUUUAGAACAUAAAGAUAGGAUUAAAGCACGCAGUGUUGGUAAAUAUAAAGACAAUUUAGAACAUAAAGAUAGGAUUAAAGCACGCAGUGUUGGUAAAUAUAAAGACAAUUUAGAACAUAAAGAUAGGAUUAAAGCACGCAGUGUAGGAAAAUACAUGGCGAAUUUAGAACAUAGAGACGCGGUUAAACUAGCCAGCAAAAGGCAGUAUAGUGUUAGUUUAAAACAUAGGCAGCAAGUAAUAGCUAGUGUACAGCUGAGUCGGAAGCAGAGGCUGGAGAGGUCUGUAGAUUUUGGUUUUGUCAUGGAUAGUUUUUUGGAUAAGGUUAGACACGGACCGGAUUUCGUGUGUAGUGUUUGUCAUAGGCUGCAGUUUAAAUAUCAGGUGCUGCGCUGUGAGAGGGAAGUAUAUGCAGCACGUUUAGCAACGGCAGGCAUUGCAAAUAAUUGCAUUAGUGAGCAUUAUCUGCAUAGUUGUGAUAACUGUGUUGAGCCCUGUCCCAUUGUUGAGUCCAGAGGUCAGUUGUGGAUUUGUUUUACUUGUCAUAGUAAGAUCAGUAAAGGUCAAUUCCCAGCUGAAUGUUGGAACAAUAACUUAGCUGUACACCCCAUUUCUCCAGAACUGGGAUGUCUGAAUAGCUUAGAGCAGCACCUGUUAGCUUUACGCAUCCCUUUUAUGAAGGCGUUGGCGUUGCCUAAAGGUGGUCAGAAUGGUGUACAUGGGCCUGUUACUUGUGUUCCGGCCAACAUUGUACAAACCACCAAUGUGUUGCCGCGGUCCAGUACGGAGGGGUCUCUGCUUCAAGUUAAGUUAAAGCGGAAAUUAACCUACAAAGGACACUACGAGUAUCAAUUUGUUGACUCGUGGCGUGUCAGGCGUGCUAUAGAUUACUUAAAGAGAACUAAUGUCUUGUAUAAAGACAUUGAGUUCAACGAGGAAUGGUCAAAUGAUUUUUGUAGGGAGGAAGAGGUUGUUGUAGAGGCUGGUCAGGGUAAGCAGGUUGUUGUUGACACACAGUCCAGUGAGGAUGAGGCUGUAGAGCAGGAAAUUGGGGCAGAAGAGGAAUCCGAAGACAUAGUACAAGAUGAAAUGUUACAUGACAGACAACAGCACUGCAUGUUUCAGGACACUUGUCUUAUGCCUGUUGAUAUCGGUCAGGAAGCAUUAGAUCAGUAUUUUGCGGAUGUUGUAUGUCUGGCCCCCGCGGAAGGUAAUAGUCCGGUUAGAAUGCUUUCUGACAAAUUAAAUGAGGCCAAGUGUUUCCCUGUGCUGUUUCCGACGAGCACAAAUACAUUCCACACCCGCCGCACGCAUCGCUUAACAUUGUCGCGCUACUUUAAUAAUCGGAUAAUGCACGCCGACGGCCGUUUUGCGCACAAUGUGGAAUACAUAUUCUUUAGCCAGUAUAUGUCCGAAUUACACCAAGUGAUAAGUAGUAUUUCGGUCGCCAUGCGUAAAGGUAAGGGGGGUCAGCAUUCUCAGCGGAUUUCCCCGGGCAUGCUCAAAGACGACGAGUCUCUGAAGCGCUUGCUACAGUUCGAUGACGGUUUUCGUUUCCUUCGGCCCAUUCGCGGGACGCCAGCUUUUUGGUCUUCCGUUCAGAAAGACCUUUUGGCUUGUGUCCGCCAAUUGGGGAUUCCUACAUGGUUCUGCUCUUUUUCUUCUGCUGAUUUGCGCUGGCAAAAUCUCCUUGCCAGCAUCCUGAGACAGGAAGGCAGACAGCAGACAGUAGAACAGUUAGAGUGGGCCGAUAGGUGCGAGCUGUUGCGUCGCAACCCGGUCACAGCCGCGAGGAUGUUUGACUACAGGUGGCACUGUUUUUUGAAGGAAGUACUCAUGUCCCCGUCUCAACCAGUUGGCAAGAUUGUAGAUUUCUUUUAUCGCAUUGAGUUCCAGCAGCGUGGGUCCCCCCAUGUUCAUGCGCUGUUUUGGAUUGAGGGAGCUCCCCAAAUUUAUAAAAACACAGAUGUAGAAGUUGCAGAGUUUGUUGAUAAAUAUGUGACAUGUGAGCUACCCUCUGGCGAUGACACACUAUUGGAAGUUGUGUCAUCGGUUCAAACGCAUUCAAAACGGCAUUCAAAGUCAUGUCGUAAAAAUAAAACGGUAUGUCGUUUCAAUUUUCCAAAACCCAUCUCUGCACGCACGUUCAUCUGCAAAAUCAAAGAAUGUGUUUGUCCUAAAAAGGGAACGGGGACAGAGGGUGAUCGCACUUCAGAAAACAGGCCAAAGUGCACCUGUUUUGACGAUGAGGGAAGGAAGAUGCCAAAGGAGGUUGCGAAGAUGUUUAUGGAGAGAGUAAAGAAUGCCAUGGGGAGGGAGGAGCCUUUUGGUAGUGUAGAAGAGUUGUUUGCCAGUGUGGGCAUCAACCAGGAAGUCUUUGAGCUCGCUUAUAGGCGGCUGGAGACUAAGAAUAAGGUGGUGUAUAGGCGAGGGGUAAACGACACCUGGGUUAACCAGUAUAAUAGGAAUCUAUUGAAGUGUUGGAAUGCUAACAUGGACAUUAGCUUUGUCACUGACGCCUACGCAGUCAUCAUAUACAUCAUAAAGUACAUCACAAAAUCAGAGACCGAAAUGGGUCUGUUAUUGAGCAAUGCCCUUAAGGAAGCAAAUAAACUAGGAAAUCUCUCUGCUAAAGACGCUCUAAAGAAACUGGGCAGUGUAUAUUUACACAACAGAGAUGUCUGCGCUCAGGAGGCAGUGUAUAGGCUAAUGAGCAUGCAUUUGAAAGAAUGUUCCAGGAAGGUCGUGUUUAUUCCAACAGGGAAUAACAUUGUGCGGAUGAGUUUACCCCUCAGUGUGUUGUUGCAAAGGGCUUCCUCAGAGGGCCUUAGGUCCGAAAACAUGUGGAUGACAAGCAUUGUCGAGAGGUAUAAGAACAGGCCCGAUAGUGUCGUGUUUGAGGAUAUGUGCAUAGCCACGUUUUGUUCGGAGUAUCGUAUUCUCAGCCAGAAUGAAAACUCGGACAAUAAAAUCGAACUUCAAGGGGGUUUAGGGUUCGUCUUGCGCAGAACACGAACGCAGUUUGCCGUCGUUCGCUACAUGCGGUUCAAAUUGGAGAAACAGGAGGAAGCCCACUUUCAGAGUUUGCUGCAGUUGUUCCUUCCUUAUAGAACUGAUUUAGAGCUCAAGCCGGAAGGCUUUGAGUUCUACAAACAGUUCCACGAGGAAGGUAAUGUGACGUCGGCUGGCGGGACUGAGCGGCCAGUGCGAGACGUCGUCGAUGAAAACAGGGCAAAGUUUGAAGUGGACUGUCCUCGAUUAGAGCGUGCGCAGGAGAUUGCGGACAUGUUGGGCGGUGUCGACGAGGAUGCGUGGGGGGACCUUUGUCCUGAACAGCAAGUCGAACACAUGGAAUGUUUAGAGGAGAGGCGGCUGCAGCAGCAGGGGGAAAUUAGGGACGAGCAGCUAGUUGAAUUGGAGGAAAAUGUCCCCGAUUUGUUUGUUGGUGGUAAACAAGUAGCUACAAUCGAGAGAAACACCAACAUUUUGCCUAGAAGGGAGGGUUUAGCUCUGGUCCAUUCUCUCAAUGAGACGCAGAGGAGCAUUUUUGAUAGGAUUAGGAAAUGGUGCCUACAAAAGGUGAUGGGAAAAACCCCAGAACCUUUCCAUGUGUUCGUAACUGGUGGGGCAGGUACUGGAAAAAGCCAUUUGAUUAGAGCUAUCCAGUACGAGGCAGGGAGACUAUUGUCGCGUCUGUACCAACCGGAUGAAACCUGCGUACUCUUAACUGCUCCCACAGGCAUCGCUGCAUACAGUUUACAUGCAGCCACAAUUCACCACACCUUUAGUAUUGGCAUGCAGGUUAGUUUACCGUAUAUCCCUCUGGGUGAAGAUAAGAUAAACUCCUUGAGGGCUCAAUUUGGUCACCUACAAAUUCUAAUCAUUGACGAAAUCAGUAUGGUAGAUCAUCAUCUUUUAGCUUAUGUGCAUGGCCGGUUAAGGCAAAUUAAACAGACGGGGGACUUUUCUCCAUUUGGCAACGUUAGUGUUGUAGCUGUUGGUGACUUUUAUCAGUUGCCGCCCGUUAAAGGGAGGCCGCUGUACACCUGUCAGGUGGGUGUGGACCUCUGGUGUCAUUUCACAAAGGUAGAACUAAAAACAGUUGUGAGGCAAAAAGAUAGUGUCUUUUCUGAGCUGCUAAAUAGACUUAGAGUUCGGUCAAAGGAAACCCCCUUAUCGCAAAGCGACGUCGAUAUCCUCAAGUCUCGGGAGACGGGGGAACAGAGCGCUGCUUUGCAUAUUUAUCCCACGAAUAUGCAAGCCAGCGAGCAUAAUCUGAAGCGGUUAUUCGCAACCUGUCCAGAUUAUGUUACAAUUGAGGCCCAAGAUUUUAUUAACAGCAGGAAGACGGGUGAAUUAGAGCGCGUGGUCGGGCAUCACGGUAAAACGUCGUACACGUGUUUGGCCAAGAGUUUGUGUUUGGCUCCGGAAGCACGUGUCAUGCUUUGUAAAAAUGUUGCUGUGGCAGACGGUCUGGUCAAUGGCGCAUGUGGAACGGUGACUUAUAUUCAAUUUGGAGCAGAUGAAGACUUCCCCCUCGUAGUCUACGUCAAAUUUGAUGAUCCUAAGAUAGGCUCACAAAGGAGAAAGGAACGUUCCCAUGCUGCUGUAGAAUGCCCGCAUUCUACUGCCAUUGACCCCGUGGAGGAUUCGGCGACAAAACGCGGCGGUUUGCGUCGUCAGUUUCCUCUUAAACUCGCGUGGGCCUGCACUGUUCACAAAGUGCAAGGUCUAACUGUCGACGAGGCUGUCGUGUGUUUACACAAGAUUUUUGCAGCUGGCCAGGCGUAUGUCGCCCUCAGUCGUGUUAGGGAUAUAUCCGGCCUUGUGAUUACAGAUUUUGAGGAAAAGGCCAUUUACUGCAAGCACACCGUCAAGGGGGCAUUGGAUAGCAUGCCCCCAUUCCUACUUGAACAGCCACAGCCUUCAUUAGAAACUCCCUGUUUCUCUGUGUAUUUGCUUAACGUCCAAAAUUUACGUUGCCACGUCGCUCAUUUGGUGUCUUGUACGCAGCAUUUACAGCCUACCUGUAUUGCUGUCACAGAGACGUGGCUCAGUGCACAAUCCUCAACAGACUGUGUCCAAAUAGAGGGAUACACUUUCCACAGUCGUCCUCGAGCCUUGUGUUACAGCAGCAAUGAUGUCAAAUUAUCUGAGAUUAGAGAUCUCGAACAUGGCGGAGUGGGAUUAUAUGUUGUAGAUAAUUCGGACUGUGAGAUUCUGCAGGUGCCCGAUUUAAAUCUGGAGUGCUUGGUGUGCCUGUUUACCAAAGAGAACCUUUUGAUGGCAGUAAUUUAUCGUCCGCCAUGUUAUCCAAUUUCACUUUUUAAAUCCAAUCUGGUUAAGUUACUUGAUUGUGUAAAUCCCAUCAGUAACACAAUUGCUAUAAUGGGCGAUUUUAAUGAAGACCUCCUCAAACAUUCAUCAAUUUCUAAAUUAAUGGGCCAAAAUGGAUUUUGCCAGCAUGUAACACAAGAGACUACAGAGAGUGGGACAUUAAUUGACCAUGUUUAUGUCAAAACAACACAGUAUGCUGUGGAUUGUGCAGUGGUGUCCACUUAUUUCAGUGACCACGAAGCCAUCCUGUGUGGUUUUCGUGGUCAAGAUGAAGGUGAUACGUUUGAUUUGGAUGUCUUGUUUGCAGAUAGUUUUGCUGACGAAGAGGGUCCCUAAACAUCAUCACAACCGUCAACCCCCAAAAUGGAUUAACUUGCUGGAAUACAAAAGACCAUAUAACAUGCAUGUGAAAAAGUGCAAUAUAUUUAUCUGUACAGUACCGUAAUCUAUUUAUUUAUUAUACAUAUAUUUAUAUAUUUUUAUAUAUUUAUUUAUUUAUACAUGCACCUUAUUGCAUUUUUAUCCUGCACUGACAGGGAAAACUUCUAGUUUGUAGAUGAUAAUGUAUUACUAGAUUUGAUGUAGAAAUGUUUUAGUUCGGUGUUAGUAUAUCUUGUUGUCAUGUCUUGUGAGCAUGUUUUCUUUAGUUAUGUUGUGUUUCUUUAAAACGCCACUGGUUCCUGUUUUUUCACCCUCUUGUUUUAUUUCCCUGUCAACUCAUUAGUUGCACCUGUUUCACGUUUUGGACUCAAGCACCUGUCAUUAUUUACGCCUGGUUUUUCUGUUGGUCCUGCUGGUGUCGUCGUUGAUUUUUUUCAUGCUGUUUCAUGCAAUAACUCUGCUCUUCUCAUGCUGCAUGUCUUUUGUUGAUUCAUAGCCACAGUUAGCGACUUUUGUUUCAUGUCUAUAGUUGAGGCUAUGUGUUACUUUUUUUGUCUCCGCCUUGUGCGCGCCUUUUCUUUGCACCCUUACCUUCACGCCACGUACCGUCACUUCACUUUGCAUGCCGGAAUAACAUACCUCAACCCCAGUCCUCGCUAUGUCCCUGGUUUUUCUGUUGGUCCUUAUGGUGUCGUCGAAUUUUUUCCUGCUCUGUUCAUGCUGUUCCAUGCAAUACGUCUGCUCUUCUCAUGCUGCAUGCCUUACCAAGUAAGUUUUUUUUUUUUUUUUCAUAGCCACAGUUAGCGAGUUUUGUUUCAUGUCUAUAGUUGAGGCUAAGUGUUAGGUUUUUUUUUACCUUGCCUUGUGCGCACCUUUUCUUUGCACCCUUACCUUCACGCCACGUCCCGUCACCUUCCUUUGCAUGCUGGAAUAACAUACCUCAACCCCAGUCUUUGCUAUGUCCCUGGUUUUUCUCUUGGUCCUUAUGGUGUCGUCGCUUUUUUCCUGCUCUGUUCUUGCUGGGUUUGCAUGCCGCUUUGCAUGGCUUUGCAUGCCUGGGGGACAAUGGAUCAGCGUUCACGUCGCGUCCCCUGUCAGUACCCACGUUCACCGGGGGAAACCAAUGAUCCUACCUGUACAUGUUUAUAUUCUCUCAGGGACUGUUGUUUGCUUGUCUUGUUUGUAUGGGCUUUAAAUGUACAGAUGCCGGGAUACAGACAAGGUAGGUAAUGUGCAGGUAAUGAUAUAUUGACUGGGUGACGGCAGGAAGCACCAGCGUGACCCGAGGUUGUAGAGCAAGUAGAGAUAGAAAUAUAUAUAUAUAAAUAUUACUACUAAUACUAUAGCUGCUGCUAAUACACAUAUUAAUAACAUAAUACUACAAUAGCUGCUAUUACUAUCACUACUAAUAAUAAUAAUACACAAAAGCUGCUGCUGCUGCUGCUACUACUACAAUUACUAUCACUACCAAUGCUACAAAUGCUAAUUUUACUAUUACGACUACUUAAAUUGCGGAUGUUACUAAUAAUAAUUAUUUGACUACAAUAGCUGCUGCUACUACUACUAUUACAUUUACGACUACUACUAAUAAUACAGUUGCGGUUGUUAAUAAUUAUACUACAAUUACUACUACUAAUGCUGCUGUUACUAAUACUACAAAUACAAUAACUGUUGAUACUAUUACAAUUACUGCUAAUAAUAACACUACAAUUUGUACGCCUACUAACCACAAUGCUGCACUUAUUACUACAAAUGCUGAUGUUACUAAUACUAAAAAUACUACAAUGGUAUGUCAGACUUAGCUUUGUCGUGGGUUAACUCUUAUCUUACUGACAGGAUGCAAUGCGUCUCCCAUAAUAAUGUGACCUCAGACUAUGUUAAGGUAACGUGCGGAGUUCCUCAGGGUUCGGUUCUUGGCCCUGCACGCCAGGCGACAUCAUACGCAAAUACAGUGUUAGUUUUCAUUGUUAUGCUGAUGACAGCCAACUCUACAUGCCCCUAAAGCUGACCUACACGCUGGAUUGUAGUCAGCUGGAGGCGUGUCUUAAUGAAAUUAAACUAUGGAUAUCCGCUAACUUCUUGUAACUCAACGCCAAGAAAACGGAAAUGCUGAUUAUCGGUCCUGCUAAACACCGAUA